GUCAGUCCCACUCUGUAGAGCAGCUGGGCGUGUGAGUACCUCACUCCUCUAACCCAGCGCUCAGUCUAUCAUCACUAACUUGGAUUCAUCCACCCUUGUCCACUGAUGGGAAGUUCCAGGAAGAUAAUGACCUAGAUCCUAAAGACAUAUUUUGCAGAUUUUUAAAACCUCUGAAAAAGCCUGUGAAAUACAGUUCUUUUUACUCAGGGUGUUGUUUCUGGUGUUGCCUUGGACAAUGGGGAAACUUUGGUUUCUACCUUUUUGUACCUUCAUGAGUGUGCUGUUCUUUGGCAUCCCAAAACUUCAUGCUCAGGAUGCACAAGACUCAGCUGACCUUGUACUCUUAAUUGAUGGAUCAGAGAACGUUGGAGCUGCCAACUUCCCCUUCGUCCGUGAUUUGGCUCUCCGAGUGAUUGAAGGGCUUGAUGUGGGCAGGGACACGGUCCGGGUUGCCCUUGUACUCUAUAGUGACCACCCAGAGACAAAGUUUUAUCUCAAUAGCUUUGACAACAAAGGAAAAAUCCAAAAUGUUAUACAAGGGCUCGAAUUCCCCGGUGGAGAUGAUUCUAAUCUGGGGGAAGCCUUGGAAGAGGUGACCAACAAUUUGUUGGGCCCAGAGGCAGGUGGCAGAGCAGAAGAAGGGGUGCCCCAAGCCUUGUUAAUUGUCAGUGCUGGGCAGUCCACUGAUGAUGUCAGUGAGGGUGAAAGGGCACUAAAGAAGGCUAAUGUAUACACCUUUGGUGUUGCCAUGGGCAGUUCAGCUAGUGCCCAGCUGAAGGAUAUUGCAAAGGAUAAAAGCUUUAUUCUGUCUGUCAGUGAUGUCAGAAAAGUGGCCGGUAUAGCUGAUGAGCUGCUUCCAUAUAUUAAUGAGGUGGUCCAACACAACAUUCUGAUACACACUGAAUUCACACAAGCCUUGGUUGUUUCGAAGAGGGACAUAAUAUUCCUCAUUGACAGCAGCAUGGGUUCCACUUCUGUCAAUGCAAUUCGUGAAUUCAUCAAAAACUUUAUUGACACUAUGCCAAUUGGACCUGAUGAGGUGCAAAUUGGAGUGGCUAUGUUUUCCACCACCCCAAGACUUGAGAUUUACCUUAACUCAUACAGCACAAAGGAUUCUCUCAUCUCUGCCCUUGGCCAAGUUAAACCAAAACCAUCACCUGAUGUCAACAUUGGUGCUGCCCUGGACUUUGUAAGGAACAACAUGUUUAUACCUGAGAAAGGAAGCCGCCUUCGAGAUGGAGUGCCACAGCUUGUGUUGGUGAUUACCAGCAAAAGGUCUAAAGACAGUGUCCAACAACCAGCUGACGCCCUACAACAAAUGGGUGUCUUGACCAUGGCUGCUGGUUUCCGGGCUGCAGAUGAAGCUGAACUCAAGCAGAUAGCUUUUGAUGAAAGCUUGGUGUUUAUGCUGAAGGACCCCCGAAUCUUAUUGCGCAAUCCCAAACAGAUUGUCUCACUAUUGUCUACAAUUUCAGGUGGUGGUGUGACAGAAGGACCAACCGAGUCAGAAUUUGAAAUAACAACUAUCCAAACUCAACGAGUAGUCAGAGACAUUGUCUUUCUGGUUGAUGGAGCCGACUAUGUUGAGAAUAACUUGCCUGCUGUACGAGACUUCAUCUCCAGUAUAGUUCAACAACUAGAUGUGAGGCCGGAACGAGUGCGCAUCGGACUGAUACAGUUUGCUGAGGGACAGAGAACAGAGUUUUAUCUGAAUUCUUAUAGCACCAAACAAGACAUACUUGCUAAAAUAGCUCAGAUGCAACUAAUGGGAGGAAAUGUGUUAAAUACUGGAGCAGCAUUAAAAUAUGCUCUAGCAAACCACUUCCAGACUUCAGCUGGUUCUCGUGUGAGCCAGGGAGUCCAGCAAGUCUUGGUGUUGAUCACUGGCAGUCCGUCUCAAGAUGAGGUCAAGAGAGUUGCAGACCAAGUAGCCCUGGCUGGAGUCCUGACCUUUGCUGUUGGAGCUGGUCAGGUGGAGGAGAGUGAACUAAAGAAAAUUGCUUUUGUUGAAAAUCUGGCAUACUAUCAGAGAACCUUUCGUGGUUUGCCAAAUGUUGUUAAAAAUAUUAUGACACCACUCAUUACAGUUGUUGGUGAGCCAGUUACUACUGUCAUUGAUCAUGGUAAGAGGGAUGUUGCCUUUUUGAUAGAUGGAUCUGAUAAUGUUAGAGGAGACUUUGGACACAUCCGUGACUUUAUAAUCAAAGUCAUUGAACCCCUAGAUGUUGGUUUUGAUAAAGUACGUGUUGCAGUUGUCCAACACAGUGAAAGACUAACUCCAAAUUUCUACCUAAAUACCUAUAAAACCAAAGAAGAAGUCCUGGGGGCUCUUAGACAGCUUAGUUUUGUUGGUGGCAGGAGUCUGAAUACUGGAGCUGCUUUAACAUACAUGAAAGACACUAUUUUAUCUUCAUCUUAUGGCAGUCGAGCAAACCAAAACGUUCCCCAGUUUUUGAUUGUUCUGAUGGGAGGGAAAUCAAGUGACAGUGUAAAAGAAGCUUCUGGUGCCUUAAAGACUGAAGGAGUUGUGCCUUUUGGUGUUGGAGUGAAAAACGCAGAUCCCAAGCAGAUUGCAGCUAUUUCACACAAUCCAUCAUUUGCCUUCAAUGUGAAGGAAUUCAGACAGCUCAACACAGUCCAGCAAAAGCUCAACAGCUAUGUGAGUCUACCAAAGGCACAGCUUGAUGUUAUUCUGGAACAAGCAGAUGGUGGUAAAAGAGAUAUUGUAUUUUUAAUUGACGGCUCUGACCACACAAGAGGAAGUUUCUUGAGUAUACAAAACUUUGUCCAGUUAUUGUCAGAGGGACUAAUCUUGGGGCAGAAUAGAGAUCAUAUUUCUGUUAUUCAAUACAGUGAUAAUGUAACUCUGGAAUUCUUUUUGAAUUCACAUUCAUCAAGAGAGGAUAUUAUUGAUAGUGUUCAACGCCUGACACACAGAGGAGGAAAACACCUUCAUACUGGGGCAGCCCUACAAUAUGUAAAGGAUGAAGUCUUCAAUGUCCUCUCGGGAAGUAGAAAUUUAGAGGGAGUACCACAAAUUUUGAUUCUUUUAACUGCUGGACGGUCUACAGAUGAUGUUAGAGGCCCAGCCAAAGCCCUUAAGAAAAUGGGAGUCAUUCCAAUAAGUAUUGGUACAACAAAUGCUGACACUCUUGAACUACAAACAGUAUCCCACCAACCAAAUUACUUUUUCAUUACUAACUUUGAGAAUCUUCUUACAAUUAAAGAAAAUGUUUUGGCUUUAAUAAAAGGAGCAUCAGCCACACCCACACCAACUACCUUUCUUCCAGGUUUUGAAUCUGUUGUUUCCAGAGAUGUUGCAUUUCUUCUGGAUGGGUCUGAUGAUUCUAGAAAUGGCUUCGAGGCCAUUCGUGGCUUUAUCCAAAUGGUUGUUGAAAAUCUUAGUGUAGAGGAAAAUGGUGACAGGGUUGCCCUGGUCCAAUAUAAUAGAAAUGCCACUGCUAAUUUUUAUCUCAACACCUAUUCAAAUAAUAAUGAGGUACUGAAUUCAGUGCGCUCUUUGAAGCACAAAGGAGGAAGACCACUGAACACUGGUGCUGCUCUCCAAUUUGUGAGAGACUAUAUUUUCUCUCCAUCAUUUGGAGGCAGACAUUUGGAAGGUGUAGCUCAGAUUCUAUACAUGUUUUGUGGUGGGCGAUCAAAUGAUGAUAUCAGGGGAGUUUCACAGACAUUAAGGAAAAGUGAUGUGAAGGUCUUUACUAUUGGGACAAAAAAUGCUGACACUUUAGAGUUGCAGACAAUGUCAUCUACACCAGCAUUUGCUUUUUCCAUCCCCGACUUUAACUACCUUGACAGCAUCUACCAAAGAGUUGCCUCUGUUGUGAAUGGUGGUGAAAAAAUGAGAGAGCAGUUCACAACAUCUGAGGCAAAAAUUUUCAAGGAGCAAAAAAGAGAUAUUGCUUUUCUUGUGGAUGGCUCAGACAAUGCUAGAGAAGGAUUUCAAGCACUGCGAGAUUUUCUGUACAACUUUAUAGCAAAUCUGACUGUAGGAAUUAAUGAUGACAGAAUUGCAGUAAUUCAGUACAGCAAUGAAGCUGUCACUAAUUUUUAUCUAAAUUCAUUUUCAAGAAAGGAGGAUGUACUAUAUGCAGUUAAAGGUCUGAUACACAAAGGGGGAAGACCCCUCAAUACAGGUUCUGCUCUUAGGUAUGUAAAGAAUAAUAUAUUUGUAAGUUCAUCAGGGAGUAGAAGAAGCAAAGGAGUACCGCAAAUCCUGAUCUUGAUGACAGCUGGAAAAUCAAGAGACAAUAUUACUGAAGCAGCGAAUAAUCUCAAAAGUCUUGGUGUGUCAAUAAUUGGAAUAGGGACACAAAAGUCAAAUUCUGAAGAAAUUAGAAUUAUUUCAACUAAACAAAAAUCAUUCUUUUUGAAAGACUUUACUUAUCUACCAAAAACUAAACAGCAGCUGGUGGCUGCAAUGAGAACCGAUUCAUUAGAGAAAAUAACAGAAGAGCAAUCAAGUGGAAAUCUCCGUAAAAAUUAUGAUAUAGUAUUCCUUUUGGAUGGUUCAGAUGGCACGAGGAAUUCUUUCCCAGCAAUGCGUGCCUUUGUUGAAAAAAUGGUUGAGAGACUGCGUGUGUCAGAGGGGAAAGACCGUGUGUCUGUUGUCCAGUUCAGCAGAGACCCAGAGGCCCAUUUCUAUCUUAACACAUACGCAACAAAGGAGGAUGUUCUCAGCACUGUUAGAAGUCUGAGGCACAAAGGAGGAAGACCCCUGAACACCGGGGCGGCUCUGCAGUACGUCAGAGACAAUGUCUUUACUGACUCCUCCGGUAGCAGACGAUUGGAAGGGGUGUCACAGAUACUGAUCCUGCUGAGUGGUGGACGGUCGUUUGACCACGUUGACACCCCAGCCUCUGCUCUUAAGGAUCUGGGAGUCUUGACCUUUGCAAUAGGAUCAAGGGCCUCUGACAGCACAGAGCUUCAGAGGAUUUCCUAUGAACCCAAUUAUGCUGUGUCUGUCUCAGACUUCAAUGAACUCCCAAAUGUCCAAGAGCAAAUUCUGACAUCGGUAGAGGCUAUUUCUGUUCCCAUCUCUCCAACAUCACCAACUACUAUUGUGGAAUAUGACAUGCCCCGAAAGGACGUUGUCUUUCUGCUGGAUGGUUCAGAUGGCACUAGGAAAGGAUUCCCCGCCAUGCUUGAAUUUGUGCAAAAAGUAAUUGAAAAAUUCGAUAUAGAUGAGAGCAGGGACCGCGUUUCAGUUGUGCAGUACAGUAGAGACCCUGAGGUCCAUUUCUAUCUGAACACCUUCUCAACAAAGGAGGAGGUCCUUGACAGUGUCAAAGGUAUAAGACACAGAGGAGGGAGACUUCUCAACACCGGCUCCGCUCUCCAGUAUGUGAGAGACAAUGUCCUCACUUCCUCUGCUGGCGGCAGACAUCAGCGAGGUGUCCCACAGGUUCUUGUCCUGCUCAGUGGAUCACGGUCAAGUGACAAUGUAGAUGCACCUGCCUCUGCCCUGAAAAAAAGUGGGGUCUUGAUUUUUGGUGUUGGCACCAGGAAUUCAAGCAGAGAAGUUCAGAAAAUUGUCAGUAAUCCCAUCUUUGCUCAGUCUAUUCCUGAACUCUCUGAACUUGCCAGUAUCCAGCAGCAGUUUUUCUCAUCUCUCAGCCACGUACCUUUUGAGGUUACACCGAUGAAACCUUCAGUCAUAGCUCCUGAAAAAGUUCCUGAGAGGGAUGUAGUAUUCCUUUUGGAUGGUUCAGAUGGCACGAGGAAUUCUUUCCCAGCAAUGCGUGCCUUUGUUGAAAAAAUGGUUGAGAGACUGCGUGUGUCAGAGGGGAAAGACCGUGUGUCUGUUGUCCAGUUCAGCAGAGACCCAGAGGCCCAUUUCUAUCUUAACACAUACGCAACAAAGGAGGAUGUUCUCAGCACUGUUAGAAGUCUGAGGCACAAAGGAGGAAGACCCCUGAACACCGGGGCGGCUCUGCAGUACGUCAGAGACAAUGUCUUUACUGACUCCUCCGGUAGCAGACGAUUGGAAGGGGUGUCACAGAUACUGAUCCUGCUGAGUGGUGGACGGUCGUUUGACCCCGUUGACACCCCAGCCUCUGCUCUUAAGGAUCUGGGAGUCUUGACCUUUGCAAUAGGAUCAAGGGCCUCUGACAGCACAGAGCUUCAGAGGAUUUCCUAUGAACCCAAUUAUGCUGUGUCUGUCUCAGACUUCAAUGAACUCCCAAAUGUCCAAGAGCAAAUUCUGACAUCGGUAGAGGCUAUUUCUGUUCCCAUCUCUCCAACAUCACCAACUACUAUUGUGGAAUAUGACAUGCCCCGAAAGGACGUUGUCUUUCUGCUGGAUGGUUCAGAUGGCACUAGGAAAGGAUUCCCCGCCAUGCUUGAAUUUGUGCAAAAAGUAAUUGAAAAAUUCGAUAUAGAUGAGAGCAGGGACCGCGUUUCAGUUGUGCAGUACAGUAGAGACCCUGAGGUCCAUUUCUAUCUGAACACCUUCUCAACAAAGGAGGAGGUCCUUGACAGUGUCAAAGGUAUAAGACACAGAGGAGGGAGACUUCUCAACACCGGCUCCGCUCUCCAGUAUGUGAGAGACAAUGUCCUCACUGCCUCUGCUGGCGGCAGACAUCAGCGAGGUGUCCCACAGGUUCUUGUCCUGCUCAGUGGAUCACGGUCAAGUGACAAUGUAGAUGCACCUGCCUCUGCCCUGAAAAAAAGUGGGGUCUUGAUUUUUGGUGUUGGCACCAGGAAUUCAAGCAGAGAAGUUCAGAAAAUUGUCAGUAAUCCCAUCUUUGCUCAGUCUAUUCCUGAACUCUCUGAACUUGCCAGUGUCCAGCAGCAGUUUUUCUCAUCUCUCAGCCACUUGCCUUUUGAGGUAACACCGAUGAAACCUUCAGUCAUAGCUCCUGAAAAAGUUCCUGAGAGGGAUGUAGUAUUCCUUUUGGAUGGUUCAGAUGGCACGAGGAAUUCUUUCCCAGCAAUGCGUGCCUUUGUUGAAAAAAUGGUUGAGAGACUGCGUGUGUCAGAGGGGAAAGACCGUGUGUCUGUUGUCCAGUUCAGCAGAGACCCAGAGGCCCAUUUCUAUCUUAACACAUACGCAACAAAGGAGGAUGUUCUCAGCACUGUUAGAAGUCUGAGGCACAAAGGAGGAAGACCCCUGAACACCGGGGCGGCUCUGCAGUACGUCAGAGACAAUGUCUUUACUGACUCCUCCGGUAGCAGACGAUUGGAAGGGGUGUCACAGAUACUGAUCCUGCUGAGUGGUGGACGGUCGUUUGACCACGUUGACACCCCAGCCUCUGCUCUUAAGGAUCUGGGAGUCUUGACCUUUGCAAUAGGAUCAAGGGCCUCUGACAGCACAGAGCUUCAGAGGAUUUCCUAUGAACCCAAUUAUGCUGUGUCUGUCUCAGACUUCAAUGAACUCCCAAAUGUCCAAGAGCAAAUUCUGACAUCGGUAGAGGCUAUUUCUGUUCCCAUCUCUCCAACAUCACCAACUACUAUUGUGGAAUAUGACAUGCCCCGAAAGGAUGUUGUCUUUCUACUGGAUGGUUCAGAUGACACUAGGAAAGGAUUCCCCGCCAUGCUUGAAUUUGUGCAAAAAGUAAUUGAAAAAUUCGAUAUAGAUGAGAGCAGGGACCGCGUUUCAGUUGUGCAGUACAGUAGAGACCCUGAGGUCCAUUUCUAUCUGAACACCUUCUCAACAAAGGAGGAGGUCCUUGACAGUGUCAAAGGUAUAAGACACAGAGGAGGGAGACUUCUCAACACCGGCUCCGCUCUCCAGUAUGUGAGAGACAAUGUCCUCACUGCCUCUGCUGGCGGCAGACAUCAGCGAGGUGUCCCACAGGUUCUUGUCCUGCUCAGUGGAUCACGGUCAAGUGACAAUGUAGAUGCACCUGCCUCUGCCCUGAAAAAAAGUGGGGUCUUGAUUUUUGGUGUUGGCACCAGGAAUUCAAGCAGAGAAGUUCAGAAAAUUGUCAGUAAUCCCAUCUUUGCUCAGUCUAUUCCUGAACUCUCUGAACUUGCCAGUGUCCAGCAGCAGUUUUUCUCAUCUCUCAGCCACUUGCCUUUUGAGGUAAAACCAAUGAAACCUUCAGUCAUAGCUCCUGAAAAAGUUCCUGAGAGGGAUGUAGUAUUCCUUUUGGAUGGUUCAGAUGGCACGAGGAAUUCUUUCCCAGCAAUGCGUGCCUUUGUUGAAAAAAUGGUUGAGAGACUGCGUGUGUCAGAGGGGAAAGACCGUGUGUCUGUUGUCCAGUUCAGCAGAGACCCAGAGGCCCAUUUCUAUCUUAACACAUACGCAACAAAGGAGGAUGUUCUCAGCACUGUUAGAAGUCUGAGGCACAAAGGAGGAAGACCCCUGAACACCGGGGCGGCUCUGCAGUACGUCAGAGACAAUGUCUUUACUGACUCCUCCGGUAGCAGACGAUUGGAAGGGGUGUCACAGAUACUGAUCCUGCUGAGUGGUGGACGGUCGUUUGACCACGUUGACACCCCAGCCUCUGCUCUUAAGGAUCUGGGAGUCUUGACCUUUGCAAUAGGAUCAAGGGCCUCUGACAGCACAGAGCUUCAGAGGAUUUCCUAUGAACCCAAUUAUGCUGUGUCUGUCUCAGACUUCAAUGAACUCCCAAAUGUCCAAGAGCAAAUUCUGACAUCGGUAGAGGCUAUUUCUGUUCCCAUCUCUCCAACAUCACCAACUACUAUUGUGGAAUAUGACAUGCCCCGAAAGGACGUUGUCUUUCUGCUGGAUGGUUCAGAUGGCACUAGGAAAGGAUUCCCCGCCAUGCUUGAAUUUGUGCAAAAAGUAAUUGAAAAAUUCGAUAUAGAUGAGAGCAGGGACCGCGUUUCAGUUGUGCAGUACAGUAGAGACCCUGAGGUCCAUUUCUAUCUGAACACCUUCUCAACAAAGGAGGAGGUCCUUGACAGUGUCAAAGGUAUAAGACACAGAGGAGGGAGACUUCUCAACACCGGCUCCGCUCUCCAGUAUGUGAGAGACAAUGUCCUCACUGCCUCUGCUGGCGGCAGACAUCAGCGAGGUGUCCCACAGGUUCUUGUCCUGCUCAGUGGAUCACGGUCAAGUGACAAUGUAGAUGCACCUGCCUCUGCCCUGAAAAAAAGUGGGGUCUUGAUUUUUGGUGUUGGCACCAGGAAUUCAAGCAGAGAAGUUCAGAAAAUUGUCAGUAAUCCCAUCUUUGCUCAGUCUAUUCCUGAACUCUCUGAACUUGCCAGUGUCCAGCAGCAGUUUUUCUCAUCUCUCAGCCACUUGCCUUUUGAGGUAACACCGAUGAAACCUUCAGUCAUAGCUCCUGAAAAAGUUCCUGAGAGGGAUGUAGUAUUCCUUUUGGAUGGUUCAGAUGGCACGAGGAAUUCUUUCCCAGCAAUGCGUGCCUUUGUUGAAAAAAUGGUUGAGAGACUGCGUGUGUCAGAGGGGAAAGACCGUGUGUCUGUUGUCCAGUUCAGCAGAGACCCAGAGGCCCAUUUCUAUCUUAACACAUACGCAACAAAGGAGGAUGUUCUCAGCACUGUUAGAAGUCUGAGGCACAAAGGAGGAAGACCCCUGAACACCGGGGCGGCUCUGCAGUAUGUCAGAGACAAUGUCUUUACUGACUCCUCCGGUAGCAGACGAUUGGAAGGGGUGUCACAGAUACUGAUCCUGCUGAGUGGUGGACGGUCGUUUGACCCCGUUGACACCCCAGCCUCUGCUCUUAAGGAUCUGGGAGUCUUGACCUUUGCAAUAGGAUCAAGGGCCUCUGACAGCACAGAGCUUCAGAGGAUUUCCUAUGAACCCAAUUAUGCUGUGUCUGUCUCAGACUUCAAUGAACUCCCAAAUGUCCAAGAGCAAAUUCUGACAUCGGUAGAGGCUAUUUCUGUUCCCAUCUCUCCAACAUCACCAACUACUAUUGUGGAAUAUGACAUGCCCCGAAAGGACGUUGUCUUUCUGCUGGAUGGUUCAGAUGGCACUAGGAAAGGAUUCCCCGCCAUGCUUGAAUUUGUGCAAAAAGUAAUUGAAAAAUUCGAUAUAGAUGAGAGCAGGGACCGCGUUUCAGUUGUGCAGUACAGUAGAGACCCUGAGGUCCAUUUCUAUCUGAACACCUUCUCAACAAAGGAGGAGGUCCUUGACAGUGUCAAAGGUAUAAGACACAGAGGAGGGAGACUUCUCAACACCGGCUCCGCUCUCCAGUAUGUGAGAGACAAUGUCCUCACUGCCUCUGCUGGCGGCAGACAUCAGCGAGGUGUCCCACAGGUUCUUGUCCUGCUCAGUGGAUCACGGUCAAGUGACAAUGUAGAUGCACCUGCCUCUGCCCUGAAAAAAAGUGGGGUCUUGAUUUUUGGUGUUGGCACCAGGAAUUCAAGCAGAGAAGUUCAGAAAAUUGUCAGUAAUCCCAUCUUUGCUCAGUCUAUUCCUGAACUCUCUGAACUUGCCAGUGUCCAGCAGCAGUUUUUCUCAUCUCUCAGCCACGUACCUUUUGAGGUAACACCGAUGAAACCUUCAGUCAUAGCUCCUGAAAAAGUUCCUGAGAGGGAUGUAGUAUUCCUUUUGGAUGGUUCAGAUGGCACGAGGAAUUCUUUCCCAGCAAUGCGUGCCUUUGUUGAAAAAAUGGUUGAGAGACUGCGUGUGUCAGAGGGGAAAGACCGUGUGUCUGUUGUCCAGUUCAGCAGAGACCCAGAGGCCCAUUUCUAUCUUAACACAUACGCAACAAAGGAGGAUGUUCUCAGCACUGUUAGAAGUCUGAGGCACAAAGGAGGAAGACCCCUGAACACCGGGGCGGCUCUGCAGUACGUCAGAGACAAUGUCUUUACUGACUCCUCCGGUAGCAGACGAUUGGAAGGGGUGUCACAGAUACUGAUCCUGCUGAGUGGUGGACGGUCGUUUGACCACGUUGACACCCCAGCCUCUGCUCUUAAGGAUCUGGGAGUCUUGACCUUUGCAAUAGGAUCAAGGGCCUCUGACAGCACAGAGCUUCAGAGGAUUUCCUAUGAACCCAAUUAUGCUGUGUCUGUCUCAGACUUCAAUGAACUCCCAAAUGUCCAAGAGCAAAUUCUGACAUCGGUAGAGGCUAUUUCUGUUCCCAUCUCUCCAACAUCACCAACUACUAUUGUGGAAUAUGACAUGCCCCGAAAGGACGUUGUCUUUCUGCUGGAUGGUUCAGAUGACACUAGGAAAGGAUUCCCCGCCAUGCUUGAAUUUGUGCAAAAAGUAAUUGAAAAAUUUGAUAUAGAUGAGAGCAGGGACCGCGUUUCAGUUGUGCAGUACAGUAGAGACCCUGAGGUCCAUUUCUAUCUGAACACCUUCUCAACAAAGGAGGAGGUCCUUGACAGUGUCAAAGGUAUAAGACACAGAGGAGGGAGACUUCUCAACACCGGCUCCGCUCUCCAGUAUGUGAGAGACAAUGUCCUCACUGCCUCUGCUGGCGGCAGACAUCAGCGAGGUGUCCCACAGGUUCUUGUCCUGCUCAGUGGAUCACGGUCAAGUGACAAUGUAGAUGCACCUGCCUCUGCCCUGAAAAAAAGUGGGGUCUUGAUUUUUGGUGUUGGCACCAGGAAUUCAAGCAGAGAAGUUCAGAAAAUUGUCAGUAAUCCCAUCUUUGCUCAGUCUAUUCCUGAACUCUCUGAACUUGCCAGUGUCCAGCAGCAGUUUUUCUCAUCUCUCAGCAACUUGCCUUUUGAGGUAACACCGAUGAAACCUUCAGUCAUAGCUCCUGAAAAAGUUCCUGAGAGGGAUGUAGUAUUCCUUUUGGAUGGUUCAGAUGGCACGAGGAAUUCUUUCCCAGCAAUGCGUGCCUUUGUUGAAAAAAUGGUUGAGAGACUGCGUGUGUCAGAGGGGAAAGACCGUGUGUCUGUUGUCCAGUUCAGCAGAGACCCAGAGGCCCAUUUCUAUCUUAACACAUACGCAACAAAGGAGGAUGUUCUCAGCACUGUUAGAAGUCUGAGGCACAAAGGAGGAAGACCCCUGAACACCGGGGCGGCUCUGCAGUACGUCAGAGACAAUGUCUUUACUGACUCCUCCGGUAGCAGACGAUUGGAAGGGGUGUCACAGAUACUGAUCCUGCUGAGUGGUGGACGGUCGUUUGACCCCGUUGACACCCCAGCCUCUGCUCUUAAGGAUCUGGGAGUCUUGACCUUUGCAAUAGGAUCAAGGGCCUCUGACAGCACAGAGCUUCAGAGGAUUUCCUAUGAACCCAAUUAUGCUGUGUCUGUCUCAGACUUCAAUGAACUCCCAAAUGUCCAAGAGCAAAUUCUGACAUCGGUAGAGGCUAUUUCUGUUCCCAUCUCUCCAACAUCACCAACUACUAUUGUGGAAUAUGACAUGCCCCGAAAGGACGUUGUCUUUCUGUUGGAUGGUUCAGAUGACACUAGGAAAGGAUUCCCCGCCAUGCUUGAAUUUGUGCAAAAAGUAAUUGAAAAAUUCGAUAUAGAUGAGAGCAGGGACCGCGUUUCAGUUGUGCAGUACAGUAGAGACCCUGAGGUCCAUUUCUAUCUGAACACCUUCUCAACAAAGGAGGAGGUCCUUGACAGUGUCAAAGGUAUAAGACACAGAGGAGGGAGACUUCUCAACACCGGCUCCGCUCUCCAGUAUGUGAGAGACAAUGUCCUCACUGCCUCUGCUGGCGGCAGACAUCAGCGAGGUGUCCCACAGGUUCUUGUCCUGCUCAGUGGAUCACGGUCAAGUGACAAUGUAGAUGCACCUGCCUCUGCCCUGAAAAAAAGUGGGGUCUUGAUUUUUGGUGUUGGCACCAGGAAUUCAAGCAGAGAAGUUCAGAAAAUUGUCAGUAAUCCCAUCUUUGCUCAGUCUAUUCCUGAACUCUCUGAACUUGCCAGUGUCCAGCAGCAGUUUUUCUCAUCUCUCAGCCACAUACCUUUUGAGGUAACACCGAUGAAACCUUCAGUCAUAGCUCCUGAAAAAGUUCCUGAGAGGGAUGUAGUAUUCCUUUUGGAUGGUUCAGAUGGCACGAGGAAUUCUUUCCCAGCAAUGCGUGCCUUUGUUGAAAAAAUGGUUGAGAGAUUGCGUGUGUCAGAGGGGAAAGACCGUGUGUCUGUUGUCCAGUUCAGCAGAGACCCAGAGGCCCAUUUCUAUCUUAACACAUACGCAACAAAGGAGGAUGUUCUCAGCACUGUUAGAAGUCUGAGGCACAAAGGAGGAAGACCCUUGAACACCGGGGCGGCUCUGCAGUACGUCAGAGACAAUGUCUUUACUGACUCCUCCGGUAGCAGACGAUUGGAAGGGGUGUCACAGAUACUGAUCCUGCUGAGUGGUGGACUGUCGUUUGACCACGUUGACACCCCAGCCUCUGCUCUUAAGGAUCUGGGAGUCUUGACCUUUGCAAUAGGAUCAAGGGCCUCUGACAGCACAGAGCUUCAGAGGAUUUCCUAUGAACCCAAUUAUGCUGUGUCUGUCUCAGACUUCAAUGAACUCCCAAAUGUCCAAGAGCAAAUUCUGACAUCGGUAGAGACUAUUUCUGUUCCCAUCUCUCCAACAUCGCCAACUACUAUUGUGGAAUAUGACAUGCCCCGAAAGGACGUUGUCUUUCUGCUGGAUGGUUCAGAUGGCACUAGGAAAGGAUUCCCCGCCAUGCUUGAAUUUGUGCAAAAAGUAAUUGAAAAAGUCGAUAUAGAUGAUAGCAGGGACCGCUUUUCAGUUGUGCAGUACAGUAGAGACCCUGAGGUCCAUUUCUAUCUGAACACCUUCUCAACAAAGGAGGAGGUCCUUGACAGUGUCAAAGGUAUAAGACACAGAGGAGGGAGACUUCUCAACACCGGCUCUGCUCUCCAGUAUGUGAGAGACAAUGUCCUCACUUCCUCUGCUGGCGGCAGACAUCAGCGAGGUGUCCCACAGGUUCUUGUCCUGCUCAGUGGAUCACGGUCAAGUGACAAUGUAGAUGCACCUGCCUCUGCCCUGAAAAAAAGUGGGGUCUUGAUUUUUGGUGUUGGCACCAGGAAUUCAAGCAGAGAAGUUCAGAAAAUUGUCAGUAAUCCCAUCUUUGCUCAGUCUAUUCCUGAACUCUCUGAACUUGCCAGUGUCCAGCAGCAGUUUUUCUCAUCUCUCAGCCACAUACCUUUUGAGGUAACACCGAUGAAACCUUCAGUCAUAGCUCCUGAAAAAGUUCCUGAGAGGGAUGUAGUAUUCCUUUUGGAUGGUUCAGAUGGCACGAGGAAUUCUUUCCCAGCAAUGCGUGCCUUUGUUGAAAAAAUGGUUGAGAGAUUGCGUGUGUCAGAGGGGAAAGACCGUGUGUCUGUUGUCCAGUUCAGCAGAGACCCAGAGGCCCAUUUCUAUCUUAACACAUACGCAACAAAGGAGGAUGUUCUCAGCACUGUUAGAAGUCUGAGGCACAAAGGAGGAAGACCCUUGAACACCGGGGCGGCUCUGCAGUACGUCAGAGACAAUGUCUUUACUGACUCCUCCGGUAGCAGACGAUUGGAAGGGGUGUCACAGAUACUGAUCCUGCUGAGUGGUGGACUGUCGUUUGACCACGUUGACACCCCAGCCUCUGCUCUUAAGGAUCUGGGAGUCUUGACCUUUGCAAUAGGAUCAAGGGCCUCUGACAGCACAGAGCUUCAGAGGAUUUCCUAUGAACCCAAUUAUGCUGUGUCUGUCUCAGACUUCAAUGAACUCCCAAAUGUCCAAGAGCAAAUUCUGACAUCGGUAGAGACUAUUUCUGUUCCCAUCUCUCCAACAUCGCCAACUACUAUUGUGGAAUAUGACAUGCCCCGAAAGGACGUUGUCUUUCUGCUGGAUGGUUCAGAUGGCACUAGGAAAGGAUUCCCCGCCAUGCUUGAAUUUGUGCAAAAAGUAAUUGAAAAAGUCGAUAUAGAUGAUAGCAGGGACCGCUUUUCAGUUGUGCAGUACAGUAGAGACCCUGAGGUCCAUUUCUAUCUGAACACCUUCUCAACAAAGGAGGAGGUCCUUGACAGUGUCAAAGGUAUAAGACACAGAGGAGGGAGACUUCUCAACACCGGCUCUGCUCUCCAGUAUGUGAGAGACAAUGUCCUCACUUCCUCUGCUGGCGGCAGACAUCAGCGAGGUGUCCCACAGGUUCUUGUCCUGCUCAGUGGAUCACGGUCAAGUGACAAUGUAGAUGCACCUGCCUCUGCCCUGAAAAAAAGUGGGGUCUUGAUUUUUGGUGUUGGCACCAGGAAUUCAAGCAGAGAAGUUCAGAAAAUUGUCAGUAAUCCCAUCUUUGCUCAGUCUAUUCCUGAACUCUCUGAACUUGCCAGUGUCCAGCAGCAGUUUUUCUCAUCUCUCAGCCACAUACCUUUUGAGGUAACACCGAUGAAACCUUCAGUCAUAGCUCCUGAAAAAGUUCCUGAGAGGGAUGUAGUAUUCCUUUUGGAUGGUUCAGAUGGCACGAGGAAUUCUUUCCCAGCAAUGCGUGCCUUUGUUGAAAAAAUGGUUGAGAGACUGCGUGUGUCAGAGGGGAAAGACCGUGUGUCUGUUGUCCAGUUCAGCAGAGACCCAGAGGCCCAUUUCUAUCUUAACACAUACGCAACAAAGGAGGAUGUUCUCAGCACUGUUAGAAGUCUGAGGCACAAAGGAGGAAGACCCUUGAACACCGGGGCGGCUCUGCAGUACGUCAGAGACAAUGUCUUUACUGACUCCUCCGGUAGCAGACGAUUGGAAGGGGUGUCACAGAUACUGAUCCUGCUGAGUGGUGGACGGUCGUUUGACCACGUUGACACCCCAGCCUCUGCUCUUAAGGAUCUGGGAGUCUUGACCUUUGCAAUAGGAUCAAGGGCCUCUGACAGCACAGAGCUUCAGAGGAUUUCCUAUGAACCCAAUUAUGCUGUGUCUGUCUCAGACUUGUAUGAACUCCCAAAUGUCCAAGAGCAAAUUCUGACAUCGGUAGAGGCUAUUUCUGUUCCCAUCUCUCCAAUAUCGCCAACUACUAUUGCAGAGUCCCAAGGUCCCAAGAAGGAUAUAGUCUUUGUGAUUGAUGGUUCUGAAGGUAUUGGGAGAGAAUUCCCCAUCAUCCAGGAGUUUGUCCAGAGAGUAGUGGAAAAAUUAAAUGUAGGUGAAAAUAAGAUCCGUAUAGGUGUCAUACAGUUUGGAACUACUCCACAUGUGGAUAUAUACCUCAACUCCCACAAGACCAAAGAGGGGGUUCUAAAUGCUAUCGAAGAACUUAAACAACAAGGAGGACGAGAGCGCAACCUUGGUGGGGCUAUAGAAUUGGCCCGCAGUGAAGUCCUGAAUCCAAGUCAUGGUGGCAGGAAGAAUGAAGAUGUCCCACAGUUCCUGGUGGUAAUUUCAGGAGGAAGAGCCACAGACAAUGUAAGACAAGCAGCAUAUACUCUGAAGCAGUCAGGAGUUGUGCCCUUCAGUAUUGGAACAAGAGAUGUUGACCAUCAAGAGCUGCAGGUGGUGUCUUAUAUUCCCAAUUAUGCCUACUCUGUGGAUGACUUACCAGGCCUUUAUACUGUCAAAGAUGAACUUAUCACCACACUGACAGAGCUGUCUAAUGAAGAACUGACCAAACUGAAGCCCUCCUAUCCCACUGUAUUAGAGCCACCAGUAUCUACUGGAGAAAAGAAGGACAUUGUCUUCCUCAUUGAUGGAACCACCGCAAUGCGCAGCGAGUUCUCUGCUAUACGAGACAUGAUUCUUAACAUCGUGGAGAAGCUAGAUGUUAGUUUAGACAAAGUGAGGGUUUCAGUGGUACAGUACAGUGAAGACCCCAAACUGGAGUUCCUCCUCAAUGAGCACUCUACCAAGGAAGAGGUGAGACAGGCAGUGAGAAAACUGAAAAGCAAAGGUGGAAGAUUGCUGAAUACUGGCCAAGCACUGAACUGGGUCUCAAAGAACAUUUAUCAGAGAUCAGCUGGAAGCCGUAUUGAAGAUCAUGUACCCCAGUUUCUCAUCUUAGUGACAGGAGGAAAGUCCAGUGAUGACGUAUCUGGUCCUGCUAAUCAACUAAAAUUAAAUUAUGUAGCUCCUUUGGCAGUUGGAUCAAGAAACGCUGAUCCAGAGGAGCUAAAACUAAUUUCUUUGAAGCCGGAACAAUCAUAUAUUCUCAGAGACUUCAAGCAGCUAGCAAACAUGCAGCAGCAACUUUUGACUACAAUUGGCAGGAUGAAUACUGAUGAAAUCAUCAAAACUGUGCAAAUUGUGACUACAGGCCUUCAUCUUGGAAGAAGAGACAUUGUCUUCCUUAUUGAUGGAUCUGACAGUGUUGGACCAAAUGGACUUGCUCAUAUCCGUGACUUUAUAUUGAAGAUUGUCCAACAGCUAGAUGUGCGGCCUGAUCAAGUGCGCGUGGCUGUGGUACAGUAUGCUGAGAGACCUAAAACAGAGUUCUCACUCAUCUCACAUCCUGACAAGCAGGCUGUUAUUUCAUCUGUGAAGAGACUGCGUCAGAUGGGUGGCCGUGGUGGAAACCUAGCAGAGGCUAUAGAGUAUGUGGUUAGAAAUGAGCUGAAAGAAUCUGCAGGGGCUCGACUUACAGACGCCUCUCAGCAUUUGGUAGUGCUCACAGGUGGAAGUUCAACCUCUGAUGUAUCACAGUAUGGUCAAGUUCUCAAAGACUCUAAAGUGAACUGUAUAGGAAUUGGUGCUGGAGCAGCAGAUUCAAGGCAGCUCAGACAGAUUGCAACUACAGCAGAUGAUGUCCUGCGAGUACCAACAUACCCAGCACUUGCAAGCAUUCAGGACCAGUUUAUUGCCAGACUUAAUGGAACAAUGAAACCUCACAGUCCCCCUACUGUAGAGCCUACCACUGGUAUAAAGUCUAAAGUUGCUGACAUUGUCUUUUUGGUUGAUGGGUCAAUCAAUCUUGGCAAGGAUAAUUUCAAAGAGGUCAUGGAGUUUAUUAUCAACCUCAUUGACCUCUUCUACACGGACAUAGACAAGCUACAGAUUGGUCUGGCACAUUAUGCUACAGAUGUGACAGAUGUUUUCUACCUCAAUACAUAUAACAACAAGGAUGACAUCAUCAACGCCAUCAGACGGGCAGAGUAUAAGGGUGGUCAGAGAAUUGAUACAGGAAAUGCCAUUAAGCAUGUUCAGCAGACACACUUUUUGAAGGAGAGAGGUAGUCGGAAGGAUGAAGGCGUCCCUCAGAUUCUGAUGAUUGUCAACGGUGGACGUUCGCAGGAUGAAAGUAAAGCAGCAGCACUGGGCCUCAAGGCCUCAGGUGUGCGCAUUUAUGCCAUUGGUGUUGGUGACAUUGAGAAUGAGCUCAAUGUCUUGGGAAGUGAACCUACCACAGUGGCCCGAGCCAGCACCUUCCAGGAGCUCUCUGAGUUGAAUGAACAGAUUUUGGAAACACUUGAAGAUGAAAUCAUGGGAAAACUAUGUGUAGGAGGAACAGAGCCCACAAAAGCUUGCAACUUGGAUGUCCUUGUUGGAUUUGAUGUGUCUUCACCAAACAUCUUCAUGGGUCAGAGAUCACUGGAGUCUAAGAUCUCUGCCAUUCUUCAGCGAAUCACCCAAAUGCGGAGUGUUAGCUGCUCUUCUGAUCAGGCCCCAUCAGUACAGGUGGGCAUGUUAGCAAUGGACUCUGCCUUUGAACCUAUGUACCUGGACUUCACUGACAGCCACACUCAGCUCAUUGAGGCUUUCAAAAACCUACGCAUUCAAGGACCCUUCUUCUUGAACGCUAAGACCAUCGAUGCAUAUGUUUCAACAUUCAAGAAUCGACCUGCAGACAGAGUUAAGGUUGUAAUCCACCUCACUGAUGGACUGGAUGCCCAGUUUAACAUCAUGAAAGCACGAGUUCAACAGAUGCAGACUGCAGGCAUCAAUGCGUUCAUCUUGGUUGCUCUGGAGAGGGUCCCACACUUUGAGGAUACAGUGCUGCUAGAAUUCGGACGGGGUUUUAGGUACACACGACCUCUGCAUGUCAGCCUAAUGGACCUGGACUAUGAACUGCUGGAAGAAUUGGAUAACAUUGCUGAACGGGAAUGCUGCUCAGUGCCUUGUAAAUGCACUGGACAUAGAGGAGACAGAGGAGCUGUUGGUCUACCUGGACAAAAGGGUUUACCUGGUGGUGAGGGCUACAGAGGCCAUCCUGGAGAUGAAGGAGGACCGGGAGAAAGAGGUCCUUCAGGUGUGAAUGGAACACAAGGUUUCCAAGGAUGCCCAGGACCAAGAGGUGUAAAGGGUGCACGUGGUUACAAUGGUGAAAAGGGAGAAAUUGGAGAGAUUGGUUUAGAUGGAAUCAAUGGGGAGGAGGGAACAAGUGGAGUUGCUGGCCCACCAGGGGACAGAGGGAACCCUGGGGAAAGGGGUCCUAAAGGUACCAAAGGCCAUGCGGGAGAUGAGGGCCAGACUGGUGUGCGUGGAGAUCCAGGCACUACAGGAAAGGACAAUAACCAGAGGGGACCCAAGGGAGAUGCAGGAGAUGCUGGACCACCGGGAGAGCCUGGUGAAGACGGUAAGCGAGGAGGCGUGGGUGAACCCGGGAGACAGGGAGCUGAUGGUAGGAGGGGUCCACCAGGAAAGGCUGGUGCACGUGGAAGGCCUGGAGAAAAUGGUCUACUAGGAGAACCUGGAAUUGGAGGGUCUCGGGGCGCCGGUGGACCAAUUGGAACACCAGGAAUCAGGGGAGAGGAUGGAAACCCUGGACCAAGAGGUCCUGGAGGAGCCAAAGGGCCCCCUGGAGAGAAGGGCAGACGUGGUGUUAUUGGUCAUAAGGGUGAACCUGGAGACCCAGGACCCAAAGGGACCGUGGGACCCCCUGGACCCAGAGGAGAGCCUGGAGAAGAUGGGCGAGAUGGAUUUGGCAAAGCUGGUCCUAAAGGCAGAAAGGGUGAUGAAGGGUUCCCUGGAUAUCCUGGUCCAAAGGGAGCAGGUGGUGAGCAAGGAACUAAGGGAAGACCUGGUCCCAAAGGGAAUAGCGGACAGAGAGGUAUUGCAGGUGGUACUGGUGAACCUGGACAGAAGGGAGAGGUUGGCUAUCCUGGACCAUAUGGCCAGAAAGGGCCCAGGGGACCAGGACUCGCCACACAAUGUGACCUAGUCAAGAAAAUCAGGGAUAACUGUCCUUGCUGUUAUGGGGCUCAGGAGUGUCCGCUCUACCCCACUGAGCUGGCCUUCGCGCUGGAUGCAUCAGCUGGUGUAUCGCGGACUAUUUUCAACAACAUGAGGGAAGCUGUGCUUCGCUUCGUACAAGACCUCACCAUCACGGAAAGCAACUGUCCACGAGGCGCCCGAGUGGCUCUGACACUCUACAACAGUGAGGUGACGACGGAGAUCCGCUUUGCUGAUGCCCUGAAAAAGCAAGCACUGCUUCAACACCUGGAAGGUCUGCAGACUCUCCAGACGAACAAGCAGCGCAGCCUGGAGACAGCAAUGAAUUUUUUGGCACAAAAUACCUUCAAGCGUGUACGCAGUGGCUUCCUGGUGCGUAAGGUAGCUGUGUUCUUCGUCAGUGGUCCUUUAAAGAUCACACAAGAACUGAGUACUGCCGCUCUGCGCCUCUAUGAUGCUGGGAUUGCUUCUGUCUUCCUCCUGACCCGUGAGGAUCGUCAGCUUAUUAGAGCAAUGCAGCUUAAUGACACUGCGCUGGCCCAAGUUAUAGUGCUUCCUUCACCUGGAAGUAAUGAAUACAACUCAGUUAUCAAGAAGAUCAUGAACUGCCACAUCUGCCUAGACUUCUGCAGCCCUGACUCGAUAUGUGACUAUGAACCUCCUCGAAGAGUUCGGGGGAGACGGUCAUUCACCACUGAUUUGGACAUUGACAUGGCUUUCAUCCUGGACAGCUCCCAAAGCACCUGGCCCGGCGUCUUCACUGAGAUAAAACGAUAUGUUGCUUAUAUGGUGAAUCAACUUGAGAUCUCAACAGAACCGUCCACAAGCGCUCAUCAUGCUAGGGUUGCUCUGGUCCAGCAUGCUCCCUAUGAAUAUCUGCACAAUGCUACCGGCAUUCCCAUCAGUGUGGGAUUCAGCCUGACAGACAACAAAUCAGCACGUGACAUUCAGACUUUCCUCUUAGACAAGGUGUAUCAGCUAGAGGGUGGGCGUGCUCUCUCAGCCGCCCUGGAGGGCACGGUGGAGCACGUGUUUGAGAAGGCGCCAUUUCCCCGCCACCUGAAAGUACUGGUGCUUUUUGUGACUGGGUCAGUGGAAGAGGAUGAGGAGAGGCUGAUGAAGGCUGCCAUUGAGGUAAAAUGCAAGGGUUACUUCAUUGUAGUGAUAGGAGUUGGUAAGAGGUUCACUGCUAGGGAUGUGCGUAUACUAGACCAAGUGGCAAGUGAGCCUUCAGAUGUGUUCUACAAGAAGACAGAAAGACCGUCAGGCUUCUAUGAUGACCACCUUCAGAUAUUUGCCCAACUACUACCCAAAUACUUUAGCUUAAAGAAUGCCUUCUACAUGUCCCAUGAAACAUCAAGGAAGUGCCAGUGGUACCAGAGUGACCAGCCAGGAAAUGCUCUCUUCAGAUCACAACACAUGCAUGAGAAGACAGAUAAACACAGUGGACAGCAAGACGUCCAUGAGCAAAAACAUAAAGAAUCAAAUGGAGAGGAUCUUCACCUGGUUAAUGUCACAUCCCGAGGGUUCACGUUAUACUGGGCCAGUGAUGGUCCAAAAGCCACCUACAAGGUAAUGGUGACUCGACUCCAGGAUCACAUCUCGGUACUGCAGAGAAAUAUCACUGACCACCACCUCACUCUUCAACACCUGGAAGCCAACCAAACCUACUAUAUAGAGGUUACCGGACAUAAUCUUAAAGGACAGGUCACCCGCACCUAUAAAGGCAUCAUUACCACAAAAGCAGCAGAGUUAAAAUUUGUUGCUGGAGCAGAAAUAACAAGGGUAUUAUCAACUGCACCACUGAAUAGACCAGACAUUGUUAAUCAGCUUGCAGACCCAUGCUCACUUGAUUAUGACUCCGGACUGCAGUGCAGAGACUAUGAGGCUAAGUGGUACUUUGACAAACAGAUCGGAUUCUGUGCCCAGUUCUGGUAUGGAGGUUGUGAAGGCAAUGAAAAUAGGUUUGAGACCGAGGCACAGUGUCUCAGACACUGCAUGAAUACAGUGCUGGAGACACAACCAGAGCAGAGUGCAGACAAGAUCAAAUCAGAGGUCUAUCCAGCUUCAGCUCCAGCAGCCAUCCUCUCAAUGGUGGACAUCUGUAAAAUGCCCAAAGACGAGGGCACCUGUGCCAAGUUUGUUUUGAAGUGGCACUACGACUUUGCCAGCAAGAGUUGCACCCGCUUCUGGUAUGGAGGCUGUGGUGGUAACCUGAAUCAGUUUGACACACAGAAAGAGUGUGAGAAGGCAUGUGGAAAAGGAGCCACACCUGUUCAACAAACACCUGUUGCUGCUGCAGUGAGAACCUAAGAGGACACUGAGGACGCGCCACACAACCUCUGAUAAUACUCAGAGGAAAACGCACCGAAGCCAAGAUGCCUGCACUGGAUUCUGCCACAUGAAAACUUUUAAAUUAGUACUUUUCCACAAAAGGAAAUAAAAGAGGAGACUGGUUGCUGCAUGAUAUUAUUGUACUGGUGCUACAUAGAUUGUUGUUUUUUGUUUUGUUUUUUGGAUGUGUGGGUGUAUGUAUGUGUAUUAUUCAUGUUUGUUUCACAGAGCACAAGCUGUUGUGUAGUAAAACUCAAGGGCAAAUGAGUUUUUUAUACUGUUUUUAAAACAAAGCCAUGAAAGCUUGACGAAAGCCUGUCAGUAAAUCUGGUUUGUUGUGAAGCGGGUUGUUCACCUGGGGUUUAUUAUGAAACAUGUUGUUCACCCAGGGUGUUCGGAGCAGACUCUUAUUUUAAACCGCAAAGGCUCUCCAUAUGCUCUCAUUAUGCUUCCACUGCUUGUUUGCAAAAAAUGUUUUGUUUUCUCUGGUCACAUGCUGACCUCGUACUCCUACUCAUAAAAGGUAAGAUGUUUUCAUUUAAAGAACCCACAUUGAUGUUUACACUUAUUUCUGACUCUGGCAGAGUUAAAAUUCUAAAUAAUCACAACUGUCAUCUGCUUUGCCACUGAAGAUGAGUAAAAAUGUCAUGCGUUUAAAUGAAAAAUGCACCUCUGGAACCACUGACUCAAAGCCAAAAAUGCUCUGGGAAAAAGAACAAAGAUGAAAGAUAGAAUGUACUUGUCAAGCUCUACUUUUUUAGUGGGGAUAUUAGGUAUUUUUCAACUGUGUAUUUCAUUAGAGAAUGAGAAAACACAAAUAAAUCUUUAUAUUAACCAUU